AUGUCCGAGACCCCCCCGAGCAAGGAUGCUGCCCCGGCCGAGUGCCCGGUGUGCUACGAGAGGUUCCAUCCCCUGGAGGCCACGCACCGGCGGCUCAGCUGCGGCCACACCUUCUGCCACGACUGCCUGGUGAAGUGCCUGCUGUCUGCCAAGCUGGACGGGCACGUCCAGAGCAGCAUCGUGUGCCCCGUGUGCCGCUUCGUCACCUUCCUCAGCAGGAAGAAGGCUCAGUGGCCGCCCAGGGCCACCGAGCCCCGCUCGCUGGAGGUGCCCCUGUCGCCGUCCUCGCUGUCGCAGCUGGCCAAGAGCGAGGCCAGCAACACGCUGGUGGUGCCCAGCCACUUCGUGCUGCCCGAGCGGAGCCCGGAGCGCUGCCCGGCGGGGCUGGCACGGGAUGCUCACAUCUUUGUCAUCAGCGAGCACGGCGUGCCGCUGGUGGCCGCGCAGGACUGCGGCUCGCCCAGGAGGAGCUCGCUGUCGCUGUCGGUGUCGUCCGGCCCGGCGCUGGGGCUGCAGUGCUGCCAGUCGCCCAUGGCGCUGGCCGUGAUGCUCGUGCUGACCGUGGCCAUGCUGGCCGCCGUGCUGCCGUGGCUGCUGCUGGUCAGGAGGGACUUGUAG